CCACCGAUGAGAGUUCAAUGAUAAUCUUGUUAUUGGUUAUCAUUUUCACAUCACGAUAAUCGUUACUCGGACAUGUGAGUGAGACAGCAUACCCUGACUCUACGAAGUGCUGAUAGCGAGGAGAUAUCAGAGCCACGUGUCCACGGAUUUUAUUGGACUUGAAUGGUCAUUAUGCAUGUAUUUUGGCACGAUUGCUUCUAUCGAUAUUGUUAUCACAUCACCGCUAUGUUAUCUCCUUGCUACUUCCGGUACUGGAUUCUCGUGCUCAUAGCUUACACUAUUAAUACCGGCUGUCUGACGAGGCAUUCCUUUCCAGCCCACCUAUUAACCUGGCGACCUGUUCACGCAGGUCAUGCAACGCCACCAGUCGUCAAUGUUCCUUUCGCACAGGGUCGGGAGCGCAAUGCUGCGGCGGGUGUUCCCCGCAAUUUGGCCGAUGGCUACAUACGUGAUGAAGACUGGGUAUCGAUCAAUUCGCAACAGCAGCGAAAUAUGACACGGGUCAGGGAGAACAUGAGAGCGGCCGGUAUUUCUGCUUCUCUGGGUUUUUCGUGGGCUUUCGCUGGGUAUUUCAGUUCCCAUGUUGUCGCCCUUAUUAUGAUAUCAGCAUUAGUAUUAGUUCAUUUUCGAGCCAUUGAUUCGGAUGAUCUAAAUCUACACACGACCCCUUCUCCUUUGACGUCCGCAUCGUCAUUGCCACUCACGAGUGGACACUUUUUCCGAGUUCAAGACGAAGUCAUUGUGCAUACUGUCGUCGCCACACCAUUGUGUUUCUGGUAGUGGUUUUUCAGGGGUUUUCAGUAUAUCGCGAUAUGGAGUCUUAGCGACUCCUCCUUGCAUCCUCCUGAACAUAUGAAAUUAUGUUAACUUGUUCAUG